AUGGCACACGCUCGUGGAGGCUGCCCCAGUGCCCGGGGCUCCGGGGAUGGCGAGACGGUCAGGUCCAGGAAGGUGGCACUCAUAACUGGCAUCACAGGCCAGGAUGGUUCAUACUUGGCUGAGUUCCUGCUGGAGAAGGGCUACGAGGUCCAUGGAAUUGUCCGGCGAUCCAGUUCAUUCAAUACAGGUCGAAUUGAGCAUCUCUAUAAGAAUCCCCAGGCUCAUAUUGAAGGAAACAUGAAGUUGCACUAUGGUGACCUUACUGACAGUACCUGCCUUGUGAAGAUAAUCAAUGAAGUAAAGCCCACUGAGAUCUACAACUUGGGUGCCCAGAGCCAUGUCAAAAUUUCUUUUGACCUUGCUGAGUACACCGCAGAUGUUGAUGGUGUUGGCACUUUGCGCCUUCUGGACGCAGUUAAGACUUGUGGCCUUAUCAAUUCUGUGAAGUUCUACCAAGCCUCAACAAGUGAACUUUAUGGGAAAGUGCAAGAAAUUCCUCAGAAGGAGACCACCCCCUUCUAUCCUAGGUCCCCCUAUGGGGCAGCAAAACUUUAUGCCUACUGGAUUGUGGUGAACUUCCGUGAGGCAUAUAAUCUGUUUGCAGUGAAUGGCAUUCUCUUCAAUCAUGAGAGUCCUCGAAGAGGAGCUAAUUUUGUCACUCGAAAAAUCAGCCGGUCAGUAGCUAAGAUUUACCUUGGACAACUGGAAUACUUCAGUUUGGGCAAUCUGGAUGCCAAACGAGAUUGGGGCCAUGCUAAGGACUAUGUCAAGGCUAUGUGGCUGAUGUUACAGAAUCAUGAGCCAGAGGACUUUGUCAUAGCCACUGGGGAAGUACACAGUGUCCGGGAAUUUGUAGAGAAAUCAUUUCUGCACAUUGGAAAAACGAUUGUGUGGGAAGGAAAGAAUGAAAAUGAAGUGGGCAGAUGUAAAGAGACCGGCAAGAUCCACGUGACUGUAGAUCUCAAAUACUACAGACCCACCGAAGUGGACUUUCUGCAGGGAGACUGCUCCAAAGCUAAGCAGAAGCUCAACUGGCAGCCCCAGGUCACUUUUGAUGAGUUGGUGCGGGAAAUGGUGGAUGCGGACGUGGAGCUCAUGAGGAACAAUCCCAACGCCUGA